GUGGUUGUGGAAAAGUCCAUCCAGGACCUCAUGAGCCUGAUGCAGGAUCUGAGUGCCUACUCCAACCAGUUCCUGGAGAUGGUCUGUGACAAACUCAAGGAUUACAAGGAAAUCUGCAACACAGCCUAUAGGGCUAUAGUCCAGUGUGAGGAAAAGCUGACGAUCAGCGCCUCCUGGGCUAAAGAUGAGGACAUCACCCGUCUCCUCCAGUCCCUUCCAAACUGGGCAAACAUGACGCUGCCCAGACAGACGCGACAGAAGAGGGAAGACGAAGAGGACUUUACACGCGCUGCUUUCGCUAAGGAGUCAGAGGUGCUGACAGGAAACCUGGGAGAUAAGUUAAUCCCCCAGAACGAGAUCCUGCGCGACGUCAGCGACCUCAAGGCUCUGGCUAACCUUCAGGAGAGCAUGGAGUGGCUCGCUGGUCGCCUCAAGACCUUCUUCACCAACCUGCCUCAGGCGUCCAGUGCCUCUCCAUCCUCAGCAGACAGCCAGGGGCUUGGGGACAACGAACGGAGCAGGGAGCAGAUUCUCCAGACUCUCAGCGAUCUGUCUCGGGGCUUCCAGGAUAUUGCUGACCGUUGUCUCCUGGUUUUACAUCUGGAGGUCAGGGUGCAUUGUUUCCAUUACCUGAUCCCCCUGACCAAGCAGGGGAACUAUGCCAUUGUGGCCAAUGUGGAAAGCAUGGACUACGACCCCCUGGUGGUCAAACUGAACAAGGACAUCUCGGCUAUAGAAGAAGCCAUGGGAGCCGCUUUGCAGCAGCACAAGUUCCAGUAUAUAUUUGAAGGUCUUGGUCAUCUCAUUUCCUGCAUUCUAAUCAAUGGAGCUCAGUACUUUAAGAGGAUCAGCGAGUCUGGCAUCAAAAAGAUGUGUAGAAACAUCUUUGUCCUCCAGCAGAACCUCACAAACAUCACCAUGUCCAGAGAGGCCGACCUCGACUUUGCCAGGCAGUACUACGAGAUGCUGUACAACACGGCAGACGAGUUGCUGAACCUGGUGGUGGACCAGGGCGUCCGCUACACCGAGCUGGAGUACAUCAACGCCCUGUCCCUGCUGCACCGCAGUCAGACGGGCGUGGGGGACAUGAGCACCCAGAACACCCGUCUCCAGAGGCUGAAGGAGAUCAUCUGCGAGCAGGCCGCCAUCAAACAGGCCACCAAGGACAAAAAGAUCACCACGGUGUAGCGACGAAAACCGAAGGGGAUUACGCUGCCUGGCAUCUUCUGUUGGGAUGUUGUUUUACUGAUGCAUGAGAUUGCCAAGAGAGUAAAGAUCGCUUUAGACGUGAGAUUGUAAGCGUUUGCUUUCAAGUGCGUCCUUUGUCGUUUUUUUUUUGCCUGAUGUGAUGAAAAGGGUUGUAGUUGAGAGCUGACACAGAUAUACGUCUUUCCACCUCUUGAACUGGAGAUCAUAUAGGCUCAUGCUGCACUGACUCACUCUAAUUGGGAAGUUAGGUGACAGCCGGCACAACUGCAAACUUUGCAAGUCUGCUUUCUACAUCGGGCGACUUGCAUUGUCAGUUUCCGCUUUUUAAAAGACAUAAUAGAUCCUCGCCGCAUGCUGACCCUUCUAACAACCCUCCGCUCUCGGCAACAACAGCUCCAGUUAAAAACGGCACCAUGUUGGACAUUCACCUGAAACUCAGGGCCCUAUCUCAUCUCAUUUUCCUAUUAGAACCCAAACUGCUGCUCUCAAUUACACCUCCAUCUCUGCUCGCCCCGCCAGCCCCUGUGGGCUCACUGAUUCUGGUUGCAAUACCAGAUGCCAGAUUAGACCGUCUGAAUGAGGCCACAUCCUCCGUCUGCUGCCAAUUUAGUCUGGUCCCUAAAGAGUGCCCUAGCUGAGAAUUGUAUCAUAUCUGCAGUUGUCAAAAAUCUGUGUGUCGGGCUGCUUUGUUAACUUUCUGAAGUUAACUUGUGCAGCUAUAGCAGAGGAAAUUGCAACUUUUUAUACAUUCUUGUUCUGAUCCGGUAUACCAGAGUUAGCUUUUUUUGCAAAAAGUGUUCACCUCCCUUAAACCUCUCACAUUUUCCAUGUUGCAACCAAAAUGUGUCGGUAUUUUAUCAGAGAUUCAAAAUAUUUUCUCACACUUUCUUGCUAAAUAGCUCUAGCUCAGUCAGGUUGGAGGGAUAAUAUCUGUAAGCAUAAAGUUUCAGUCUGUUUAGGGUUGUGUCGCUGUAAGGAGAAUCCUUCACCCUAGUCUGUAAUCCUUUACAGCCAAUAACAGCUUUUCUUCUAGGAUUGACGAGUAUUUAGCUUCAUCCAGCUUCGCAUCAAAGCUGACCAAACUCCCUGUCCCAUCUGUGGAUAAAACAUCCCCAAAGCAUGACACUGCCACCACCAUGCUCCAGUGUGGGUAUUGUUCUGGGUGACCUCCAUUGGUUUGUUUGUUUUCCAUGCAGGCCAGAUAUUUAAUUUUGCUCUCCUCUGAUCAUAGCACCUUCUUCUAUAUCUCUGCUGGGGUGCCCUCCGUGGCUUUUGAGAAACUUUAAACAAGAUUUGUGCUUUUUUUUCUUGCCAACUUUCCAUAAACCCAGAUAUGUGGAGUGCAUGUCUAAUUAUACAUCAUGUCAACAUAUUCUCCCACCUGAUCGCAGGGUUGCCACAGGUCUUGCUGGGUUACAUAAAAUCCUAUUACGAUACUUAAAAGGAUGUGUUUGUAACAUCAGAAAAUGUGAAGGGAAAAAAUAAAAGAUCAAUGGGUGUAAAUGCUUUUUGCAGGGCGCUUUAUAAAUAUAUAUAAAGGUGUGGGUGUUGCAAUGCAUCCCCUGCAGUCAUUCUGGAAAAUGACAGAGCUCUCUGUUUAAAUGCCUAAAACUAAAUCAAAUCACAUAAACACAAGAGAAGAUCCCCAGUCGUCCCCCCCCCCUCCCUGUUUUCCCUUCAUUAACUUUGCAGAGAAGUAUUUAACGAGCGGAGGACGGAGAAAUGGGAGCCUUGUCAAUACGGUGGUCCCACUACAGGUCUCCUUGAAGCCCACGGAGCAAUCCAUCAUAGUGACACACCGUGUGGAAUCGAUGGCGAAACAGCGAUGGAGCUGCUGAGUGGGUCGCCUACUCCUCUGUAAUGCACCCUCGGUGCAAAAUCCGAGAUGUGCUCAUUCAUUUGUUCGCUUCAGAACUACUUCUGAAAGGUUGCACAAGUGGAAACUUUAACACAAUGUUCUCCAGCUGUGUCAUGCUUCUCGUACACGCUAUUAGGCUUUCAUCACACGACAAAGCUGAUUUUUAUUGUCAUGCGAGUAAUUCCCGUAGGUUUUUAUACACUAAGUUGUGCAUCACAUUUUUUUUUUCUUUCAAUGCACACUACUUUUGCACUGCUAUGGAAUCCUACUAUAGGAUGCUACUUUGUUCCUUAGAAAUGCAUUCAAAUUGGUUUGCUUAGAAUUAGCCUCACAUAACUUGUCCAUGUAUAUGACAAUAAAGAUUUUUUAAAAAUAUUUUA